AUGGUUACCAUAGGAGAGGCAUUCACGCCGACGGAUGGGAUAAUUUACUCCGCGUCGGUUGUGAAGUUGAAGAUGGGCGAUAGUUUGAUUCCAUCCCCGGGAUCGUUGCAUUUGACGGAAAGUUCGUGCAUUUGGAGCUGCGAGGAAAGGAAUGCCAGUAUCAGCAUUCCAUGGCCCCGUGUUGGAGUACAUGCCAUUUCGUCCGUACCGGGGGAAGGUCUGUUUAUGAUGCUGGACGUAAACAUCGUCUGGCCCGGCUUUUACAGCGGACAGCCGGAGAACAAUGGUGAUGCGCAUCCGGAUGAACUGGGGGAAGAUGACGAGGGGCACGAUUCCGAAAUAUCCGAGGCGGCAAUGACAGAGAUAUGGCUGCAACCGACUAGCCGAGAGAUUUUGGAUCAAAUUUUCAGUGCCAUGCGUGAGUGUCAGAGUUUAAACCCGGGCUCGGAUGUUAGCGAGGACGAAGACUACAUGGAGGCGGAAGAGGAUGAGCUGGAGGAGGUUGGAGAUAUGCGAAACUUGCAGCUCGAUGAUGAAGAAAAAUUUGCCGACGCGGAAGAAUAA